AUGACUAUCCUGCUUUUCCCCAGUGCUAAACACGACAACGCUAGUCCAAACGCCCACCCUGAAGACAAGGGCCAUCAUCACAACAACAAGAAGGACUGCGCCAUCGAGCACUUGAAGGCGCGUCUCAACGACGCCUCUGCUGCCGCCUGCAGCUAUCUGCACGCCUUCGUCCUCAAGGCCCAGGACGUGGCCAGAGUGUGCCUUCUAGAACUGCAAAACCCGGUUGUCCUGGUCAACCUGGUGCUGCACUCCUCCGUGCUGUGCUACCUGUGUAACGGCUACGCAAACCACAACGUGCGGUUUUUGAAGGGCAAGCCCAACUCCACCGUCUUGACCACAACCGCCGGCGCCCUGGGGCUGUUGACCCUAGACGGCCUGAUCUCCAAGAAAUACUAUUCCAGAUUCGACAAGAAGUAA